AUGAAUGACGAAACCUACGAGGUCCCUAUCAUGUUGAGCCCGGACAUCCAUCUCACAUACGAGGAUAUCGCCAAGCUCAAUCCCUUUUACGAGGAAUACAGAGCUUUCUGGAAUGCCUCUUCGGACACGACAGCAACCACCCUCUCCUCCAUGGAUGCUUCGUCGAGAUCCUCUUCUCAGCACUCAGUGCGUGCCGAAAUUGACACACUUUCGUCUCCGGUUGAUGUAUCGUCGUCUCCUUCGCUGCACUAUCCCGAACCUUACACCGGACUCAACUUCCCCAGGAAGCUCGAUGUCCCUCUGUAUGAAGGAAAGCAGCAUCGACCAUCUGUCCGGAUCUAUGACGAGGAUCUCGCUGCGAGCCAGCACGCCAGUUUUGUACCUGACGGUCUUGUUCACACCUUGCAAUCUAUCAAUGAAGCAACGGAAAUGAGUGACUAUGACUCCAUGGAUGUCCAUCGGAUCGGUGCACCCCUCCAGCGUGUGAGGUCUUCGCACAAGAAACUUUUUGGGACGAAUGGCUGGCUGGGGAAUACUUCCGAAUUGCGAGAUGUCCCUCUUAGAAGACAGAAAUCUGGCAUUUUCAGAGAUCUGGGGAAGAAAAUCAAGCACCAUGUGGGAGAGAUUGCUGAAGAUAUGGCAAAGGCAUAUCCGAAGCCAUUCGCUGUCGGAUCACGCCGGUCAAGAAUCGUGCCUGAGCCCACAAUCCCCAUCUCCUUGGAUCCUCCAGCCCAAGCCAGAUUGUAUUCCGAGAUGGAAGUUAUGAUCUGCCAGACCGCCAACAGAUUCCUCAUCCAACAGUAUGCCGAGGGACGUGUCUCGGGGGAAUCCAUUAGGAAAGUCACCAGCUUCUGGGGCUCCAAGAACAGACCCCAAGUCGUCGAGUUUCAAUUCGAUCAGGCAACUCAGCGUCGUCUGAUUUUGUCAAACGUUCGAGCCCUGCAAUUCAAUGGAGAAUGCUCGACUAACCCUAUCCUUCUACAUUCCAAUCUUCACAACUGGAAAGCAGUGGUCAAGGAAAUGAGUAUUCGCACCUUCUGUGCCCCUGAUAGUGCCAUUCGCAAGCAUAUGCACGAUAUUCAUAAGCUCCUUGAUAUGCUGAAUGCUCAAGACUCCACAUUCAUAUCUUUCGAAAGGCUUCAGAUGCAGGUAUUGGCUCUAAUGAGCGAGCGUAGGCAGACUAGCUACCAGCUCGAGCGAAGCAACAGCACCUUUUCAAGGUCGAGCGGCAGACCCACAGAAAACAGCUGGAUAGUGCACUAA